UGAAUCAAACACUUUGAGAAAUGAUUCAGUGAAUCGCGACUCGUGCUGCUCACAGUGAACAUGAACAAGAACAACAAACACUAACAAACUAACUAAUCACGUUUUCAUCAAAGAGUAAUCGUUUAAAUAUAAUCUAUAAUCCUUUAAAUACCAAAUGUAGAUCAUAAAUGUCUAAAUAUUAAGUUUAUUAAUUUGCAGCGUUAGUUUUGAGUCAUUGAACAGGUCAUUGAAGACUUAGAACUUUAAUUCUCUUCUUAAAGAUGGCGUUUAUUAAAGAGGAAAGUGAAGAUAUGAAGAUAAUUAUUAAAGAUGAGUCUGAAGACAUGAAGAUUGAAGAAACAUUCAAUGUGAAACAUGAAGAAACUGAUGAACAAACAGUCCUAAUGUCACUGAAAGAAGUGAGUCAUGAACCUAAUGAAAGGGAAGAAGAGAAAGAAUAUUACGAUGAACAUCAUGAUUUCAUGAAUGGGGAAAGAUCAACACAGGUUUCCCCACAAAAAGGAGUUCAAAAGACAAGAACUAAGAGUUUCACACACAAAAAACACCUUAAAGUCCACAUGAGAAUUCACAAUGGAGGGAAACCAUUCACCUGCCAGCAAUGUGGAAAGAGUUUCAGUCAUAAAGGAAGCCUUAUAGGCCACAUGAGAAUUCACACUGGAGAAAAGCCUUUCACCUGCCGACAAUGUGGAAAGAGUUUCAGUCAAAAGGGAAGCCUUAAAAUCCACAUGAGAGUCCAUACUAGAGAAAAGCCUUUCACCUGCAAACAAUGUGGGAAGAGUUUCAGUCAUAAAGGAAGCCUUAUAGGCCACAUGAGAAUUCACACUGGAGAAAAGCCAUAUAUCUGCCGACAAUGUGGACAGAGUUUCAGUCAAAAGGGAAGCCUUACAGCCCACAUGAAAAUUCACACUGGAGAAAAGCUUUACACCUGUCAAGAGUGUGGAAAGAAUUUCAGUAAUAAAGGAAAACUUGAAAUUCACAUGAGAAUUCACACUGGAGAAAAGCCUUUCACCUGCCAAGAGUGUGGAAAGAGUUUCAGUGAGAAAGGAAACCUUACAGUCCACAUGAGAAUUCACACUGGAGAAAAGCCUUACACCUGCCAACAGUGUGGAAAGAGUUUCAGUCGAAAAGGACACCUUAUAGACCACAUGAGCACUCACACUGGAGAAAAGCCUUACACCUGCACUCUGUGCGGGAAUGGCUUCACACGGGAAGGAAGCCUUAGGGAACACAGGAGAAUUCACAUUAAAGAGAAGCCAUUUACAUGUGAUCAGUGUGGAAAGAGUUUCAUAUAUAAAGAUUUCAAAGGAGCCACAGAAUUCAAAACAUCAGAACAUGAAGAGUUAAACUGGAUACUCAACUCCUCAGGUCCCAUACCAGAACAAGGACUGAAAAACAUCUAGCACCCGAGAUUUAACAGCAACAGUACCAUCAUUAGCCUGACCAUUAAGAAAAAGUAGGGUUAAACAAAACAGUCUUGUGCUCAGAAAAUACAGUGUGCAAAUUGCUGACACAACACACCAUGAUAGACCAAAUGACUAAUAGAUGACUAAACUCUGGUCUGGAAGGACAACACACAUGAACAUUGAAAGCUCCCAAAAUUAAUAUUAUCUGAACAUGGAAAUCACUUAUAAAAUCUCCUCUUUGAACCGCCACCUUAACAUGGUGGAGGGGUUUGAGUGCCCGAAUGAUCCUAGGAGCUAUGUUGUCAGGGGCUAUAUGCCCCUGGUAGGGUCUCCCAAGGCAGACAGGUCCUAGGUGACGGGUCAGACAAAGAGCGGUUCAGAAGCCCCUUAUGAUAAGUUUAAAAAAAACAAGGUCCGUUACAUCGCCGGUAUGGUAUCAUACGGUAUACGGUAUGGCGCAACCGGGGCCCCACCCUGGAGCCAGGCCCAGGGUUUGGGCUCGCAAUCCCCGAACCCGGUAGCGGACACCGGAAGUAAGGGAUGCCGUCAAGCUGAAGAAGGAGUCCUAUCGAGCCUGGCUGCCUUGUGGCACUCCUGAGGCAGCUGACGGGUACCGACAGGCCAAGCGGACUGCAGCCCGGAUAGUUAUGGAGGCAAAAACUCGGGUCUGGGAGGAGUUUGGCGAGGCCAUGGAGAAGGACUAUUGGUCAGCCUUGUGGAGAUUUUGGCAAACCAUCCAGCGCCUCAGGAGGGGGAAGCAGUGCCCUACCAACACUGUUUACAGUGGAGGGGAGAAGUUGUUGACCUCAACUAGGGAUACCCCGGACGGUGGAAGGAAUACUACCCCGGACGGUGGAAGGAAUACUACCCCGGACGGUGGAAGGAAUACUUCGAGGAUCUCCUCAACCCCACCGACACGUCUUCCUCUGAGGAAGCAGAGGCCGGGGACUCAGAGAUGGACUCGUCCAUCACCCAAGCUGACGUCACCGAGGUAGUUCAGAAGCUCCCCAGUGGCAAGGCACCAGGGGUGGAUGAGAUCCGCCCUGACUACCUUAACACUCUGAGGUCUGAGGGUAUCGCCGGCGAUACCACCGUGGUUUUUUCUUAUCAGUGUGAAAGAGACUCAAAAUACUCCGUCAAUGUUGCACAUACAAUUAAGAGUUAUACAC